AUGGGCAUUCCUUCAUUUGCUGGCCGAGUCGGCCUCGCUGGUGGUCACUCCCACUCUUCUCGUAAUCACCAGAAACGAGCUUGUGACCUUAACAAUGGUGGUCUCUACGUUUAUCCCACAUCUACCGACAAAGUCGAUGCUACUCAACCCGUUGUCUUCAAAUGGGACACUACAUGCGCGGUCUCUUCUGCUCAAAUCGACCUCUACCUUUAUUCAUCAUCAGGAGGAUUGAUCAAACAAUUCGCCGGUAAAGACUUCUCAGCCGGUCAAUUCUCAGUCAACUUCCAACCCAGAUGGUGGAACGAUACUGAAACCGCUCAACUUCAAAUGAACAUUGUUGCCAGUGGCGCUGAAUCUUGGGACACCGGGAAUGUACCCGCUGGACCUGUUUUCACAGUGAACUAUCCUGCUUCUGCAAUGUUCUCUACCACCACAGCCAAUGGUCAAGUCAAGACAUCGACCGCCGCCGCAGCUGCUACUCAAUCUAAAGACGCUGUAUUCCAAGACGUCUCCAGCACAAACACUUCCGACAAAUCUGGUAUCUCCAAAGGUGCUAUCGCCGCUGCUGUUAUCGUACCGUUGUUGGUAGUUGCUGUUUUAAUCGCUGUAGCAGUAAAAUUCUGGAGAAACAGAGAAAACGAGAAAAGAAAGAGAUGGUCUCAAGCUUUAUCCACUCACUCCAAUCUCGAAUGGGAGAAAGGUGGACUCCCCGGAGAAAAACCUCGAUCCAUCCUUGGUCGACCCUCGAUGGGUGGUAGACCUUCAAUGGGCGAACGACCCAGCAUGUCAACUUAUGGUGGAUCUGCUCGACCUACUUCCUCUGUCUUUGCUGUCGAGAACAACAUGGCUGGUGCCGGCGCUCACACUCACUUCCAAAGACCCGACCUCGCUUCGCUCCGGACUCAAUCAGCAGAAAACGUCAAUCGAGGUUCUUUGGUAUUACCUGAUGGAAAUGUCAGACAAUCAAGAAUUUUAUUUGCCGAAUCUGCAAGACCCGAUAGGCGAUCUAGAUUAUCUUUUGGUGGUGAUAUUCGACCUAACGUUCAUUCAGGUGUAUUCAAGAACCCGGGUGCUUCUAAGUCAGCUCACGAACUCACGUCUACCCCCACCAACAGAAGGUCCGCUGCUUAUGCUACUGGUUCCGCGAUCGAAGAUGACGACGAUAUCCAAAUUUCUCCAUCUCAAGUACAAGGUCCUCAUGGCUUCGAUCAAACAGAUAUGAGGAAGGUUGGAUCAGGUACCCGAACUGGCCGAAGAAGCUUCAUGUCUCUUGGCGGCGGUGAUAAAAGAAGAGAGUCAAUUGCUUCUGCUUUAUCCGCUGAUGAUUUCAAGUCCGCUGCUAGUGCCAGAGGUAGUGUAGAUGAGUUGAGGGAUAUGGAAGCCGCUGUACUGUAUCGACGAUCAAUGAUCUCUCAAGCCUCUCCCAACCCUGCUGCUUACGAUGACAACGAAGUCGAAGCCCUUGACAAUAUGCCACCUGUAUCUUUGCCCUCAGCUCCUUCCCCUAUUGCCGGUUCUUCCACUGUCGCUUACGGUCCCGAUCAAAUGCUUGCCGUUUACGCCGCCCGAGGAAAAGUCUCUCCCACCGGUCCUACAACACCUACAUUCGGCACCGCUCCUUUGGCACAACCCGUUUCACAACCUAAACCAACCGCCACCCGACAGAACAGUGGUAUGAGGUUGCUCACUUCUCUCGGCAAGAAAGUUUCUGAUGAUUCCACUUCUAUGCCACCUCCAUCAGCUCCCGCUCCAGGAGACAUGAGAUCAUUUGUACAUCUCAACAACGGUACUGUCUCUUCAGCCAAAGUAGAUGCUCUCCCACCUCCUGGUCCUAGAAGCGUAACAAGUCCCACAGGUGAGAGACCAACGACAGGUCUUUCUGCUCCAUCAGGAAAGGCAAGAGGAAGUGGUGUAAGCGAUGGAAGUAGGUACAGUCAAGGUGAAGAGGAUAUUGGUGAAGCUCAAUAG